AUGGAAGUUGAGAGGAUAUCAGCAUCUCGCUUUGUUCAAUAUGUCGAAGAAUCGUCAACGAAAACACUCAUUCUUGAUUGUAGACCGUUUUUGGCCUUCAACAAGGGACAUAUAAGAGGUGCCGUCCACUCUUUUUGUCCAUCCAUCUUGAAACGACGUUUUGCCAAAAAAGGGCUCCUUAUUUUGGAACACCUUCUUCCUCAGGAAGUUCGGAAGCGUUUAAAGUGCGGAGAAUUCUCAAGGGCGGCCCUGUAUGACAACGGGGAAGUUUUACCAACAGAACUUCUUUCACACCUCUAUAUCGGUGACGAGCGCCAUUCAACGAAUGCAGUCAGCUUGAAUCGUGUCGGAAUUACCGCAAUCUUGAGCGUUUCCACUUCCGGUGCAGAUAAACAAUUUCCCGAAUUCGUUUAUAAAUGGAUUCCAAUUCAUGACAACGUGUCCGAAAACAUAUCAGCUUGGUUCCAGGAAGCAUUAUUAUUUAUCGAUUUUAUUCGUGAAAACGGCGGCAAAACCCUCGUUCACUGCAAAGCGGGAGUAAGUAGGUCAGCCACCAUUUGCAUUGCGUACCUCAUGGUCUACAAAUCUUUCUCACUAGACCAAGCGUUCGAUUUCGUCCAAUCAAAACGUUCCAUUGUCGCGCCGAAUUUGAGCUUUAUGCAACAACUCUCUGAGUUUGAGCGGCUAUUGCUUGCCACGAAUACGCGUUCAUCGUACAUGACGUCAUCACCGUCUAUGACGCCACUGUUGACAUGCGCGAAGACGUCAGAGGUAUCUGGGCAACAGGGAACGCUUGGCAACUGUUUUGUAUUUUGAGUGUAUGAACUGUGUCUCGGGUUUGCGUAAGACAGCGUGUUUAAGAGACAUAUUUUGUCUUUGCCGGACGGUCAAGUGUUAUAGAUUUGAUUGAAUUGUACUUCAAGAGUAGUAUUUCUUGCAACCAUUCCUGCGAAAGGCUUUUGGCUAUGGAAACAAUAAAUUGUGUGCGUUAUUUGGACUGUUUUAUCGACAUGUUAAACGUUAAAGAUGUGAUUCGCCCAUUACCAUGUAUAUUAUAUUAUCAACAAGCGUCGAAAGGAUUGAUACUGAUGUUAUUAUUCACCGUAAAUGUCAAAAGGGAUGAUACCAUAAACAUUAUGAUCCAACGAAUUCCUAAGAAUGAUUAAACAUGUAUUAAAGGUUGUCGAUCAAGAUUUUCCCUUACAUCAAUCGCUGACCUUCCUUUAACCUACGGCAUGAGCGUGUUAAAUAAAAGGCGGAUUCAAAACUUUUGUGUGUGGGGUUGUUAAACAAAAUAUACCAUCAACUAUAUUUUCCGUAUAGUUUUACUAGCUAUUUUCAUUUUCCAAAUAUAUUAACAGAAACCUUUAAAUUAUUUUAUCGAUAUUUUAAUUGUCACAAAUAAGGGUGACUGAAGUCUAAUUAUGUUCCAUAUGAAUUUCAAUAAAUACUUCCUUCGUAAGAAUUCAAAAUACAAUUUUAUAUCAGACAGACGGACUUAUAAAGAUUCUUUAAUCAGUGUUUUUACAUGUGAAUAAAAUGAGAAAGCAAAUGCAUUUACUAUGAUAGUUAUGACAUGUCUUAUUACCUAAAUAAGUCAUCUCAAAUAUGUGUGACAUUGUUAAUCAACAGAGGGAUUUCCUUUCGUCUGUAAAUAUAUAUUGAAAUGACAAAUACAUGUGCAGUUUAAAAUAGUUAAAUAUACACUGUUUUUAAUAAUUAUUUUGUUUGUUAGAAGGUAGCAAUUAAUACAAAGGUCCCCAAUGAAUGCAACUAAUAUAUACUUACAAUAGUUCUAGGUCCACAAUAUUUAAGUACUUAGUCAAAAGCAGAGCCUUUAUAUAUGGGCCAUGCUUUGUUGAAAGAGGGUUUAAUGCAUGUGCAUAAAGUGUCGUCACAGAUUAGCCUGUGCAGUCCACACAGGCUAAUCAGGAACGACACUUAAAGCUCAAACUGGACUUUUUUUCUAAGAAGAGACUUUCUUUAAACGAAAAAUAUCAUACAAGCGGAAAGUGUCGUCUCUGACUAGCCUGUGUGGACAGCACAGGCUAAUCUGGGACGAAACUUUGCGCACAUGCAUUUGCACAAUAUUUUAGUACUUAGUCAGAAGCAGAGCGUUUAUAUAUGGACCAUGCUGUGUUGAAAGAGGGUUUAAUGCAUGUGCGAAAAAUGUCGUCACAGAUUAGCCUGUGCAGUCCGCACAGGCUAAUCAGGGACGACACUUUAAGCUUAAACUGGACUUUUUUGUAAGAAGAGACUUUCUUUAAACGAAAAAUAUCAUACAGGCGGAAAGUGUCGUCACUGAUUAGCCUGUGCGGACAGCACAUGCUAAUCUGGGACGAAACUUUGCGCACAUGCAUUUUCCAGAGUGAUGUAAGCCGAAUUUGACUUCAUGUACAGUUAAAGAUCAAUUGUUUAUGUGAAAACUAAGGAUUGGCGUGUACAGCUGAAUAAAAAUGCUUUUUUGUAUUAUUUCCUGUGAAUAAUCAUAUUGAAUAGCAUUUGUCUAUAUUCGCUGUAAACAUUGUAAACUUACAGUGCACAUUAUCGAUAUACAAGGUUGUGGACGUUUGGACUUCGUUGUGUAGUGUUAGCUUUACUGUAUAUGAAACGUUAUAUUAUUAUACUAGUAUGCAUACAUGUUGAAUUCGUACUCCAAGUUAUCGAAUGUAAUAGUUUAGUUGCAUAUUUAUUACAAUCGCUUUAAUGCACCGACCCUGAAUGUCAGGCCUUUAUAUGUAAUUAUGUAAUAUCAUUUCCAGCUUAAACUUACUUUUAUCUAUGUAACACAUGAUGAUAACGGUUUAUUAAAGUGGUUAAAUAGACGUCUAAUUAUUCGUUUUUAAUUUUUAUAGUGCUAGAUACGCAUAUCUAAUAUAUUUUAAUAUGAUUGUACAGCUAUUCUCUUAUUUGAAGGUAACAUGUCAAGUAAAUCUGAAAUCUUCGAAAUGAACAAAUGUCCGAUGCAUUUCAUUUAUACUAGUAUGAUUUUAUAUGGUGGUUCAACAUAAGAAAAAUAACAAAUUCGGCAUCGUCGUUUAUGUUUUCUGUUAUUGUUUUGCGUUGUUUAUACAAUAUAAGACAAACCAUAGAUUUGCAACGCACGUGAAGAACGUAAUCAAAUGAAAAAUGCAUUAUACUUUAUUUUUGUAAAUUUUCAUUAAAUAAAGUAUACAAUUUAUAAUAUUUAUUAUUGCAAAAUUCGAUGGGCAUCAUAACUCAAACGUUGUUAUUGUGCGUAUUAACACUAAUGUACAACUAUGCUGGACAAAAGCUAUCAAAGACCUUAUUGACAAAUUAGGCUUUAGUUAUUUAUUUCAUGAACAUGUUAACAUAACAGACCAUUAUCCAAAACUUAUACAACGUCUUCGAGAUCAAUACGUUCAAUCAUGGUAUAAUAUGAUAAAUUCGCAAAGUAAAUUAUAAUUAUUAUGUAAAAUUUUAAAAGGAUUAAACAUUUGAAAAAUAUAUUGAAUGUGUUGAUAAUGAUUGUCAUAGAAAAGCUCUAACAAGAUUUAACUAAGCGCUCAUUAUUUAGAAAUUGAAACUGGUAGAUACAAUAACAUUCCUAGAGAAAACAGGAAAUGCAAACUGCGAAACAGUAACAUGGUUGAAACAGAAUAUCACUUCUUAUGUAUAUGUACACUUUAUCAAGAUUUAAGAAUUAAGUAUAAUGUUAACCAGUCGUUUUAUACUGUCAACAAGUUCACAUCUAUGAUGUACAGUACUAACUGUAGAAAAUUUAGAAAUAUUUCCCAUUUUUUUUUACAAUACUAUGUUAAAACGAAAUGAUUACUUUACUAGCUACUCUGUUGCUUCUUGUUAACGUUGAAAACCAAUGAUGUAUUCACGUAUUCAUUUAAUUAUCCAUUUAUGUGAAAUGCUUUUUCUUUAGUAUUUCAUGUGUGUGGUCAUCUUUAUGUAUAUUUGUUUAGUAUGUGACCAAAGGCAUGUAUUUGCUGAUUUUGCCAAUAAACUGAAACUGAAACUGUUAUUGUGCAAACAAGCGAAUGGGAUUCGUUGUUCAAAUGCGCUAUUUAUGAUUUAUAAUACGCCCACACUCCAGCUAUACAAAAUAUGUCAAGAAUAAACUUGCAAAACGCCAAACAAUUCUGAUUUACGUUAACAAAGUUUUUUUUGCGAACUCUGGUCAUAUUGUAUGUAGAUAUGUUUUAUGCCAUCAUUAAUAUCUGAUUUAACAUGACAUUUCGUAGAUAUAGUAUUUUGUGAUAGCGUUAGGUAUAUUGUGUAAGUUUGAUAUGUUAAUGUAUAUGUAAAUGUGUUCACUAUGAUAGCGUUCUAGGUAUAUUGUGUAAGUUUUAUACGUAAAUGUGUUCAUGUUUGCUUUACGUACAGGAAUCAUUAUAUUAUACUAGUAUAUGUUAUACAAUAACAUAAAAUGGCACGUUAUGCAUAAUUUAUAUUGAAUUCAAUAAAACAUGAACAUUUA